AUGCAUCCACAUUUGCAUACGAAGAACGCCCUCGCUUGCGAGGACGUCAUCGCCGCGCUCGAAGAAUGCCACGCGAAGGGGUUCAUGCACAAGGCAUCAGGCGGAUGUAACGACAUGAAGGACCAAGUCGACAAGUGCCUCCGCGUGGAGAGAUACAAGAUGCAGGCUGAGAAUAGAGAGGCGGCACGGGCAAAGAGGGACAGGAUCAAGGCUCAGCAGAAAGAGCUCGGGCUGUAG